AUGGCCUCGGCCCUGAGCCCACCCCGGGUCCCCAAGCCCAAGGGGAUCUUGCCUUCACACUACUAUGAGAGUUUUCUGGAGAAGAAGGGGCCCUGCGACCUGGAGUACAAGAAGUUCUGGGCAGGCCUCCAGGGUCUCACCAUCUAUUUCUACAAUAGCAAUCGGGACGUCCAGCACGUGGAGAAAUUAGACCUGGGAACCUUUGUGAGGCUCACAGACGAGGCUCCCUGGGGAAGCUUGCGUGACACUGGCACCCACUUCAGCCUGGUCCUCCGGAACCAGGAGAUCAAGUUCAAGGUAGAGAGCCUGGAGUCUCGGGAGAUGUGGAAAGGCUUCAUCUUGACAGUGGUGGAGCUCCGUAUCCCGUCCAACCUGACUCUGCUUCCCGGACACCUGUACAUGAUGGCCGAAGUGCUGGCCAAAGAGGAGGCGCGCCGCGCCCUGGAGAUGCCCUCCUGCUUUCUGAAGGUGAGCCGGCUGGAGGCGCAGCUGCUCCUGGAGCGCUAUCCCGACUGUGGAAACCUGCUGCUGCGGCCCAGCGGGGACGGCACGGACGCAGUGUCGGUCACUACGCGACAGACACUCAACGGGAAGGCCGUGGUCCGGCACUACAGAGUGAAGUAUGAGAGCCCCAAGUACGUGAUCGACGUGGAGGAGCCGUUCUCCUGCGCCUCACUCGAUGCUGUGGUCAACUAUUUCGUGUCGCGCACCAACAAGGCUCUGGUGCCUUUCCUACUGGACGAGGACUAUGAGAAGGUGCUAGGCUUCGUGGAAGCGGAUAAAGAGAACGGCGAGAGUGCGUGGGUGGCGCCGCGUGUGCCAGGACCAGGUCCUGCACCCCCUGCAAGUGGCCCCAAGCAGCCACAUCCUACAUCCAUGCCUGCGUUCAGCCAGGACAAGCUGCCCCUGCUACCUCCAUUGCCCCAGCUACCGAACCAGGAUGAGAACUAUGUGACCCCCAUUGAAGAUGCCCCAGCUGCUGAAUAUGUGAACCAGAAUGUGACUUCCUCUAGUCGGCCAGUCAUCGUGAAGCCCAAGAAGUUGGCAAAGGUUCAGGCAAAGCCUCCAAAGCCACACAUUGUGCCCAAGCCAGAUCCCAAAGUCCUCAACAGUGUCCUGGCCAAAAAGCUGGUGGCCAGCUUAGCCCAGCCUUCCUUCACUGCGACAGAGCUGGCAAACGUGACAGCAGAGUUGGAGGAGAAGCUGCAAAAGAGACGAGCGCUGGAGCACUGAGUCAGACAUGCCGGGGGGAACCAGUGAGUCCAUGUUGGGGCAUGGCACAGCAGGCAGAUCAUUUCUCCCAGGAUUAAAACCCAAG